AACAACAAAGCCUGGAUGACAGCACGUCUGUUUACAGCAUGAUUUACAGAAUAUUUUAAGCCCACUGUGGGGACCUGCUGCUCAGGAAAAAAAAGAUUUAUUUCAAGAUAUUACUGUUCAUUGACAAGGCACCUGGUCACCCAACAGCUCUGAUGGAGAUGUGCAAAGAGAUUGAUGCUGUUUUCCUGUAUGCUUGCAUCUAUUCUGCAGCCCGUGGAUCAAGGGGAUCUUGGAGUGAAAAUAUACUGGAAUAUUUUCUGAGAAAUAGCCAGAUUACAGCAGAAGAUGGUGCUGAGAUCACCUGGUAUCAUGCAGCUAACCACAAGGCACAAACAAAUGAGGCACUGAAAAGUACUGCUCACAUGAUAGAGGCUGAUGUCCUUCUUCCAAGUGAUGGAUCAGAACACAGCCAGCCAAUUAUGGCCCAUCCCCCUGAAACAAACAGUGAUAAUACUCUACAGGAGUGGCUGACUGAAGUUAUGAAAAGCAAUAAAGGCAUCAAGCUGGAUUUCAAAAGUCUGGCAGCUGUAGAACCAUCCAUGAUGCUCUUGGAAAAUGUGAAGAGGCACCUGAAGCGUCCUGUAUGGAUUAAUGCCGAUAUUCUUCCUGGUCCAAAUGGAAAUAGCAAAGUAAUAGAUGCAAAACCAUUUUUAGACACCGUGACAUCCUUCUUUCCAGACGUGACGUUUUCCCUGGGUUGGACAACAGGAUGGCAUCCUGAGAAAGUCAAUGAAGGGUACAGUUGGACAAUGGUGAAAGAGAUGGAAUAUAUAUGUAAUGAACUAAGUCAGCCUGUAACGUUCCCUGUCAGAGCAGCAUUAGUCAGGCAGUCUUGUUCUCAGUUACUUUGGCUGUUAAAGAAAUCAAACAGGUACAGCCUGACUAUUUGGACUGGAAAAAAUGAUAACUAUUCCGUUGAAGAUUUACUUUACAUUAGAGACCAUUUUGACAAAAAACAAGUUUUCUAUGACAUCUUGGAACCACAAAACCAUGAAUUUAAACAAGCCAUUGGAAUCAAAGUUAAUCUCUAAGAAGAAGAUUCUCAAUUAUUUCCUGUGUUUUGGUUUCAUAAUCCUUCUCUCCAUUGGUCUGAAUUAAUUACCAUAUAAAUUAUGGUUAUUGAUUGACGUUCCAAGUCAUCUAAUCAAGAAACGUUUAUUGUGUGCUUACUCUGUGGGCAUAUGUCCUUAUAAUAGUGCACUUACAUAAAAGAUUUGGAAAGAAGAGAUUUAUUUACACAAGUGGCCUAGUCUAAUAAUAAUUCAGGAAAAUGAUACUCUGCACCCCUUCAUAAAAAUAGUUUUGAUAAGCUAAAGAUGAUUGGCAGAAUCCAUAUGUCAUAAAACAGGUAUAAAUCACGUGCUUGACACUUGCAUUACAGAGAUUAUGAAAAAUAUGGUACUCUUUUCCUUUUUCCUAGAAAACUGGUUAUUUCAGAGAUAACAAAAAAGGAAGAGGGCUUUUAAAAUGUUUUUAAUUUUCACAGGGGUCAGCAGCUGUCUCAUAUCAAGAUCUAUUAAUCCAUUUCCUGAAACUAUAGAUUAGAUAGAUCUAGAAUUUCCAUGUGAUUGGGAAGCAUGCUAGUGGCUAAGUAUUUUUUUAUAUUUCUUAUUUCUAUAGUAUCUGAUUUAUAGUGAUCAAUAUACUGUUGGAGAGCAGUUUUAGUCUUUGUUAUGUAUCAUUUGUUUUCCAAGUUUCUUACUGCCACCACCUUCAUUCAGGUCCUUGUUCUACUAGUAAAACUUUAUGAACUACUUUUUUCAUGGCUCAUUCCUCACACUCUACUCAGAGAUCUGAGUUUUUCUGCUAAACAAAACUUUCUUUUCUUUUUUUAUUUAUAAUAAUAAUAAUAAUUAUUAUUAUUAUUUUGAGAUGGAGUCUGUCUUUGUCACCCAGGCUGGAGUGCAGUGGCGUGAUCUUGGCUCACUGCAGGCUCUGCCUCCCAGGUUCAUGCCAUUCUCCUGCCUGAGCCUCCUGAGUAGCUGGGACUACAGGCGCCCCCCCGCCACCACGCCCGGCUAAUUUUUUUUUGUAUUUUUUUAGUACAGACGGGGUUUCACUGUGUUAGCCAGGAUGGUCUCGAUCUCCUGACCACAUAAUCCGCCCUUCUCAGCCCCCAAAGUGCUGGGAUUACAGGCGUGAGCCACCGCGCCUGGCCUUUUUUUUUUUUUUGAGACAGAGUCUUGCUCUGUUGCCCAGGCUGGAGUGCAGUGAUGUAAUCUUGGCUCACUGCAAUCUCUGUCUCCCCAGUUCAAGUGAUUCUCCUGUCUCAGCCUCCCGAGUAGCUGGGACUACAGGUGUGCGCCACCACACCCAGCUAAUUUUUGUAUUUUUAGUAGAGAUGGGGUUUCACCAUGUUGGCCAGGCUUGUCUCAAACUCCUGACUUCAGGUGAUCCACCCACUUCGGCCUCCCAAAGUGCUGGGAUUGCAGGUGUGAGCCACCAUGCCCAGCCAAAACUUUCUUAAAUACCUCUUUCUUUAUGCCAAAUCAAAAACCUUCAAGGGCUUAAACUCAAUUUUACUCAGUUUUCCUCUUUCAAGACCCUUCAUAAUGCAGUCCCACCUAAAAGUCAGUUUGUUGUGCUCCAGCACAGUUCUUCAUUUAAAAAAUUUAUUCAACAUCAAUGGUUUCUAGAUCCUACUUUAACCAUUAAUCUUAACUGUUUAGUUAUGUUCACUAAUUGACACGUGCAUGUUAGCUAUGUCUCCUCAGCUAGACUGUAAAUUCCUUUAUGGCAAAGCUUCAUGCUUAAGUAUCUUUUACAGUGCCUGGCAUAGUCCUGAGAAAAACAUCCAGAAAAAUAUGUUGCUGCUUUGAUUUAUUAACAAAUAAUUUACUAGUGAAUGUCCUAAAAGAUGUAAUUUGCCUUUUGUUAAUCAACCAUUUUUCUCCCAGAGAAUAACAUAGUUCUAUAUAGAGAAAAGAUCUUGGGUUUUGAAUUCAGACAGAUUUUCUUUACAGCCCCACCUCUAUCCCUUACUAGCCAUAGACUUUGGGAAAUCUUUAAUGCCAUUGACUCCAGGCUCACUUGUCUAUAAAGUGGAGGUGGGGGAAUAAAAUUUCUCUUGUAGGGUUGUUGUGAGGAUUAUGUGAGAUUCAUGUAGUAGAGAUAUCUAGCUCAAUGACAUAGUGAAUGCUCAGCAAAGUUACUCUUCUUUUAGACUUAUCCUGUGAUCAUGUCCGUUAUAGAUAGAUAGCACUAAGAGAUACAACAUCAAACAUUGUAGACUUAUAAAUACUUAAAGACAAUUAUAGUAUUUCCACUUGAAAAUUCAGCUCUAGUCAAAUGGAAUGCUUCUUGUCAAAUCAUACCUAAAACUUUACUAUCCAUAGUUGUUUGCCAAAGACAAAAGGUGCAAUUUCAUUAUAAAAUUUCAACUGCUAUAGAAAAUAACUUUUUAAAUUAUAGUAAAUUAAUUUAUAAAUUUUCUACAAAGACCAUGCAUUACUAAAGACAGGUGAAUUUAUAAAUAAACUGCCUUUUGUUGAAGUUCAAAGUAAAACUCACUUGUCCAGAAUAUUAUUUUUACUACUUAAUUGUCCUACCUUUGAUAAUUUUUUUAAAAUAUUAAUAUUAUGGUAAAAUUAUAUAUUGAGAAAUCUAUAAGCCUGAUAUCACUUAGAUUUUUUUUUUUUUUUGAGACAGAGUCUAACUCUGUCACCCAGGCUGGAGUGCAGUGGUACAAUCUUGGCUCACUGCAACCUCCACCUCCCAGGUUCAAGUGAUUUUCAUCCCUCAGCCUCCCAAGUAGCUGGGAUUACAGGACUGUGCCAUCACACCUGGCUAAUUUUUGUAUUUUUAGUAGACAGGGUUUUGCCAUGUUGGCCAGGCUGGUCUGGAUGGAACUGCUGGCCUCAUGUGAUCUGUCCACUUUGGCCUCCCAAAGUGCAGGUAUUACAGGAGUGAGCCACCGCAUGCAGCCUCACUUAGAUUAAUAUUUAAAGGUGUAUUUUAAACUGUUCUCAGGAACAAAAACACAUAAGAGAAUUAUAAAAUGUAUUCUGUUGGAAAGUAAAAUUUUAAUAGCUAUCCAUAUGGAAAAAAAUACCCUUGAUCCCUACCUCAUGCCAUAUACGAAUAAUUUGAGAUGGAUCUUAGGCCAAAAUGUGAAAGCUAAAACCUUAAUGCAUUUAGAAGAGAAUAAGGGAGAAUGUUUUCCAGACUUUGGGGUAGGCAUAGGUUUCUUGUAACCCGGAAAACACUAGCCAUAAAAGGAAACAUUGAUAAAUAGACUUUAUCAAAACUUAAAACUUCUCAGAAAAGACACCAUUGACACAUAUCUGACAGAGGGUAUAUUACUCCUCUAAACUAUAAGAAAAAACCCCAAAAAACUGACUAAAAAUGGGCAAAAGACUUGAAUAGAUACUUCACACACAAAAAGUAAUUCAGAUGGCCAAAAGAAUAUGAAAAGGAACUCAACAGUAUUCCUUAUUCAGGAAAGACAAGUUUAAGCCACAAUAAAUGCCAGUACAUACCCACCAGAGAGGUUAAUAUUAUAAGGACUAAAAACACCUUUUAGGAAAAAAAGGAAAACAGUUUGGCAGUUUCUAAUAAAGAUAAGUAUAUCUCUACCUUAAGACCCAGCCACUCUAUCUGUGCCAUAUACUCAAGAGAAAAGAGCUCAUGUAUUUACAUUAAAAGACUUGUAAAAGAAUGUUCAUAAAAACUUUAUUCUUAAUAGCCAAAAACUAGAAACAACCCCAAUUUUCAUCAGUAAGAGAAUUUAUAAAUAAUGAUAGACUCAUACAAUGAAAUUACUACACAGCACUAAAACAGUUUGAACUGAUGUAACAAUAAAGGUUAUUAACAACAUUAUGCAAAAAAAGGCACAAAUGAAUACAUAUUCUCUGGAUCCAUUUAUAUGAAGUUAAAGAACAGUCAAAACUAAUACAUGGUGCUAGAAGUCAGAAUAGUAGUAACCUAUACGGUUCUGUGGGGUUUUGUCUGGGAUGGAGCAUGUUGGAACUUUUUUGGGUGUUGAAAAUGUUCUGUAUCUUGUUCCGGGAAAUGGUUAUUUUGAUGUGUACAUAGGCAAGGCAAAAAACUUAUUGAGUUGUCACAUUUAAUAUUUGUGCAUUUUACUGUAUGUAAAUUAUAUAUCCAUUUUCAAUAAUAUUUUAAAGGCCUUGAUGUACAGAAAUGCAAUAGAAUAGUAUGCAGAAACUUUUUUAAAUUUUUUAUUUUUUUGAUACAGCAUCUCGCUCUGUUGCCCAGGCUGGAGUGCAGUGAAAUGAUCUCGGCUCACUGCAACUUCUACCUCCCAAGUUCAAGCAAUUCUUCUGCCUCAGCCUCCCAAGUAGCUGGGAUUACAGGCGUGUGCCACCACAGCCAGCUAAUUUUUUUGACUUUUGGUAGAGAUGGGGUUUCACCAUGUUGGCCAGGCUGGUCUCGAACUCCCGACCUCAGGUGAUCUGCCCACCUUGGCCUCCCAAAGUGCUGGGAUUACAGGCAUGAGCCACUGCACCUGGCCCAAGCUUUAUUAAUGUGGGAAGAUGUUACAGCAUACUGCAGGUUGUAAAAGAGCAUAUAUAUGGCCAGGCAUGGUGGCUCACGCCUGUAAUCCCAGCACUUUGGGAGGCUGAAGUGGGCAGAUCACAAGGUCAGGGAGUUCAAGGCCAGCCUGGUCAUCAUAGUGAAACCGCAUCUCUACUGAAAAUACAAAAAAUUAGCCAGGCAUGGUGGCGGGUGCCUGUAGUCCCAGCUGCUCAGGAGGCUGAGGCAGGAGAACCGCUUGAACCCGGGAGGCAGAGGUUGCAGUGAGUGGAGAUCACGCCACUGCACUGCAGCCUGGGCGACAGUGUGAGACUCGGUCUCAAAAAAAAAAAAAACAUAUAGAUUUAAAGAUAUAUAUCUUUGUAUGUGUAGAAAAUUUUUGCAAAGAAGUUCAAAUGCACAACAUAAUGGUUAAGUGCCACCUAUUUUUUCCCUCUAAGUUGAUGUCUAAUAUAGUGGUGUUGAGAUCACAUAUCAUCCAAAGGCUAUUUCUCAAGAGUGGUAGAGUAAUCCUAAUUCCAGAAGAGACUUUAAUAAGAAAAUCAAUUGUUCAAAAAUUCAAAGGCUUCUAAUAAAGAGUAGCUUAUUGUCCUGUAA